AUGGGUAUCGACAUUACUGCCCACCACGUCAAGAAGGGUAACCGGACCGCACCCAAGAGCAAGGACCCGUACCUCUUGCUCCUCGUGAAGCUUUACCGCUUCAUGGCACGAAGGACAGACUCGGAUUUCAACAAGGUCAUCCUCCACCGUCUGUUCCUUUCCAAAAUCAACCGCCCUCCUCUCUCCUUGUCAAGAAUCGUCAAGGAGACCUCCAACACCGCUGACCUCGCUUCAAAAACCAUCGUCACCGUGGGCACCGUCACCGACGACAUCCGUCUAACUGAGGUGCCAAAAUUGUCUAUCGCGGCUCUGCGAUUCACCCGUGCGGCCAAGGAGCGCAUCCUCAAUGCUGGUGGUGAGGCUCUUACCCUUGACCAGCUUGCCCUACGUGCGCCUACUGGUACCAACACGGUGUUGUUGAGGGGAAAGAGGAAUGUCCGGGAGGCUGUCAAGCACUUUGGUAUGGGUCCCCACAAGCACAAGAAGCCCUACACGACGUCCAAGGGACGCAAGUUCGAGCAAGGUCGUGGUCGCCGAAAGUCGCGUGGUUUCAAGGUGUAA